AAGCUCCGGCCCAAGCUGGAAAGAUGACCACCGCGCCAGGCUUCAUGUGUUUUCCAUGGUUGUGCUGUUUGGUUGUGGCCGCGACAACCCUGUCCGACACGGCGCUACAGGAGGCUCCUGAGAUGAUGCUGCUUCAGACGCGGUUGGCUCGCGAGCCCACAGGCGUUUGCGUUCCUCCACCGAACAUGGCAGCAGAGGCCUACACGCUGCCCAUUGAGCGGGUGGUGGAAGCCUUUUGGCCCCAGGAUGGCUUCUGCGUCUUCGGUGGGGCGGGGGCUUGGGCCAGGGAGUGCGCGAACAGCCGCAUCAGGAAGGACAUCAGCAACUUUGUGCAGGAGUUUGGAUUUGUCUCCGAAUUCUUUACUGCGCCUUCGGCAACCCCAUUCACCUUCAGACUGCCUGAUGGUCGCGCAGUCACGACCCGGGACCAUGUGUACCCUCUGGAUGACGUGUACUGCCUCGUCAACGGAUGGUAUGAUCUUGAUGCAGAGCAACUCCUUCACAAUUUCAGCUUCUUGGAGGAGGCUUCAGAUCGGGCUUGCGCGGAAUUGGAGCAGUUGCUUCCAAGCUUUCACUCUAUUUCGAUGCUUGACCUGACAGUUGAGUCCUUCGCCGACGAGAAGGCGCUGCAGGAGUUGAUGGCAAAUGACUCGAACUCUGCUGAGGUCACCGAGGCCAUCGUCCACGGCAUGCGAGUGCACGCGGCUGCCAAGUGCCUGCUCCGAGGACCUGCGAGACAGCCAGGAGCGGUCCAACAAUCAAAAGACAAAAGCGGAGGCAAAGGAGCACUCUGCGAUGUUUCCAACUGCGCCAGUCGCUCGCGCUUGGUGGAGUGGACGGAUGAGGCGCCGAAGUCUGGUUGCGGCCACCUACUCCAAGAAGGGCUUUGCGCAGAGGCAAACGCCUGUGCUUGCCACACACAUGCUGCGGACUGCUACGUUCCCAUACCUCUCGUCAUGCAGCAACACCCGCACACAGACGGCUUCUGCUACUUCAACGGCACGGCAUUCUACGUGUCUUUUCCAGGCACAGAGAACAUGUCAGAGGUCAUUCUUGCAAUGAGGGGGUCGGACUAUAAAGGGCUCAACACAGGCCCGCUCGUCACGUACAAGUUUGACGGCAGGGAAAUCUCGAGUUACAUGGACGCCAGUCAUUACCUCUACGACGACCUUUAUGGCUUUUCAUUGGGAUUUCUUCAGGGGCAAGGCCUUCGUUCAGACUGGAUGCUGAACAGCAGCCGCUGGACACAGCUCUCCGAGCAGAUGUGCAACAACAUCCAGCAGGAAUUCAACUUCAGCAAUCACGAGCUGGUGCUCUCCGAUUGGCUUGACUACAACGCAGUCAUAGCCGUGAUGACGGCCUGCAGCGCCGGCAUGCCGGCGCCCGGCUCUUCGAAGCAAUCGGUGCUGGACAUGGCAGGCUGGCAAAGCCCAAGCUCGUGCAGGCCGGUGUCCCGGAGAGAUUUUGCGAAGCAUCACUACGUGAAAUGCAUACUCGGGUACAGGAAUUCAGCUAUGGACAUGGCGUAUUUGAACAGUCGCGCCUGCUUGCUGGAAGGCAAUCGAAUAGGACACCUUUCAGAAUGCCCAUAUUCCCCAGAGAUGACUUCGUGAAAGCAAAGCAAAGCCAUGCUUGCAAGUUUGUUGCCAACAGUGGUAGCGGAUGUCUCUCGGACUCCCGCCGCACACUGGUAGCGUGCAGCUGGAGCUGUUGGAAGGGGCUGAGCAAUUUGACUGCGUGAAGGAAGCUAUUGCACCCUUUUUUUUACCGCGCGGUUUAGCAUGUCGAGCAAUGGUUUGAGGUUAAGCGGAUGAGCAA